AAGGAUCCAGAAGGAAGGAGCUGGGAACUCGGAGGGCACUUUGGAGUUGGGAUCUGACUGUAUACAUAACGGAUCAAUCAAAAGAUAAUAAUAGUAGUAGUAAUAAUAAUAAUAAUAAUAGUAAUAAUAAUAAUAAUGAUGCACCUGGAUUUUACUCCGCGACUCACGAGCUUCACGGCUUCUUUGUGGCCAUAAAAGCGCGUUUAGGAGACGCUCAUCAUGCGGAUUGGAGCGGUUUGGAUGUUUAGAGGUUUGAAUUCGGGGUGAAGCAGCUGAGUGUGCACAUUUCCCGGAGAGAAACGAGAGCGGACCGGAUUCUAGGCUAUAUAUAUGCGGUGUGUGCAGACGUUAAUAACGGCCUCACGAGCCGGAGCGGGCCGCCAACUUCUCCGUGAACGUCCGCGUGAACGGGAAGCAACUUUUGACAUGGCUAUUGUUCUGUUUUUGGCACUUUGGAGUCGGUGAUAUAUUACUUACAGGCCUGCGUUUUGAACAAAGACGUGGCAGGAAGAUGGAUUAAGAAACUUUUGUUUAAAUGAUUUUUUUUUUUUGCAGGCUAUUGUUUGCGGUAAUUGUUCCGAGUCUGCGUUUCUUUUCUUUUUUUUCUUCUUUUUGACACGAUGGCAACAAAAAGGAGUCUUGUAGGCUUAGUGUUAUUGUAAGAGAAGAUCAAACGUGUAGGGUAACGACUCUUAUUGAACAAAAGAAAAAAGAAAGAAGAAAAAACAACAACAGACACGCUUUUUUUGUUUUUAUUUUUUAAAAUGCGCAUUUUCUUUUUGGGUAAUAUUAUUUCCCUAGAAUAAGUAAACACGCAGCAUUGAGCCGUUAUGAUCUGUUGUUAGUGUACGGCUUGAGGAAAGCACCGGGAUUGAACCGCUCUCUUUGAUGGAGUUUUCCGCCGUCCAAAGGGCCUUGGAUGGGAUUUUUUCUCCGCAGCUGGAUGGCACACCAGUAGCGGAUCGCUACCGUUUAACCGGGACUCCGUUCAGCUUCCAGAUCGCGGGACGAUCCGGUCUGGACGCGAAGCUCGGAAAGGCACCUGGGGGCAGAAGCGCACCUCUUUGAGGACUGUGAUUCUUUUUUGUUGUUGUUUGCUUGUUUGUUUGAUUGGUUUCACCUAUCGGAAGUGUUAAACCCGACUCCCUGCCCUGCAAACGUGAUUGCAGGCAGGCAUGCAGCUGAACCGGCCCAGAAGCGCGCUGAUCGGCUUCAGCCCGCCGCCACCGUCGCCUCCGGCGCCACCGUCCGACCCGAACUCGACCUUCUCCAGCCAGUUCAAAGCGAUGCGCUUUUCCUACCACCUCAGCCCGCAGCCCGGAUCCCGCAGAACCGGCCCGUCCGCGUCCAGUCCUCGGCUCCUGACUAAGAGUCUGUCUCUGGAGCCGGGCCCGUGUCCAGGAGCCCAUGAGGCCCCUCAGCGUCUCUGUUCGGACCCCGGGCCUCUGGGACUGCAGCACUGCAACGGCACAAGCGAGAACGAACCUCAAAACGCCCCACCUUUGCCCCCUAAAACACGGCCGCCAUUACCCGGUCCCAAACCGCUAGUGCCCCCGAAACCAGCACAUCUCCAACAACAGGGCGGUCGCCGACCCCGGCCCCCGGACAAACCCCUACCCCCGCCUCCAUCCCGCCCACUCCCAGCAGACCCUCGCCAAUCACGGACAGGCCUGCCGCGGGCCGAGGGAAGCUCCUCCCCAACGUGUGUCCUGUCACUCAUCGAGAGAUUUGAGCGGGAGCAAAUCAUCAUGGUGCCCGAUAUCACAGGGGGGGUGAUGUGUAUGCCGAGGGUACCUGAUCCACAGCCUGCUACGGACGCUAUUUUACCCUGCGCUUCCCUCAACGAGCCGACAGAGCCUCCUUCUGUCAAGAAGGAGCUGGAGAAAGGAUCAGAGGAAGAGGAGGAAAAAGAGGAGGAAGUCAAAGAGGAAGGGGAAGUGCAGGAGGACUUAGAGGAGGACGAUAACGAGCUGGGAGCCUCCUGCUCCGAAAAGCGACUCUCCACGGAGUCCGGCUACGGCGCCUCCGACAAACUCCUGGACGCGAUGGAGAUAAGAGACCUCGGCCACUCGGAAAUCCCUCCUGACCGCCUGUCCCUUCCUCCACAGCAAACGGACACUAAACUAGCCAAUCGGGACAGUGGCAUUGACAGCAUCAGCUCUCCGUCUCACAGUGAGGAGCUGUGCUUCGCCGGAGAUGACCGAGAGGUGUGCAUGUCUCUUCCUCGCCUGUCCUCCUCUUCCUCGUGCGGUUGUGUGGAAGGACCAGCAGGAGAAGGCGUUGUCGCUGCCGUGGAGGAAGGAGCGAGGGACUCGGAGGGAGACAGCGAUUUGGAAGAAGGGAGCGGGGAUGAGAGUGAGAACGCCAUGGCCAUACAGCCUCAGCCCAAAGCAGAGAGACAAGACUCUGUUGAGCUAUCAGUGCAACAGCGUGUGUUUAACAUUGCCAACGAGCUCCUCCACACGGAGAAGGCGUACGUGUCCAGGCUUCACCUCCUGGACCAGGUGUUCUGCAGGCGGCUGAUGGAGGAGGCACGAGCACGAGGCUCUUUCCCCUGCGAGGUGGUGAUGGGUAUCUUCUCCAACAUCUGCUCUAUCUACUGCUUCCAUCAACAGUUCCUGCUGCCAGCUCUGGAGAAACGCAUGGAGGAGUGGGAUGUGAACCCGCGGAUCGGGGACAUCCUCCAGAAACUGGCUCCUUUCCUGAAGAUGUACGGCGAAUAUGUGAAGAACUUUGACACGGCCAUGGAGCUGGUGAACACCUGGAUGGAGCGCUCGUCACAGUUCAAAGCCAUCGUUCACGACAUUCAGAAAGAGGAGAUGUGCGGAAACCUCACCCUACAGCACCACAUGUUAGAGCCAGUACAGCGGAUCCCUCGCUAUGAGCUCCUGCUGAAGGACUACCUGCACCGGCUGCCCGAGGACGCUGAGGACUUUAAAGAUGCGCAGAAAUCAUUGGAGCUGAUUGCUACAGCAGCCGAGCAUUCCAAUGCAGCCAUUAGGAAAAUGGAGCGCAUGAGGAAGUUGUUGAAGGCGUAUGAGCUGCUCGGGGGAGAGGAGGACAUUGUGAACCCGACGAAUGAACUCAUUAAGGAGGGACACAUCCUCAAACUGUCGGCCAAGAACGGAACCUCGCAGGACAGAUACCUUAUACUGUUCAAUGACAGGUUGCUGUACUGUGUCCCUAAACUCAGACUGAUCGGACAGAAAUUUGGAGUGCGGGCGCGGAUUGAUGUAGACGGCAUGGAGCUGAAAGAGACGAGCAGUAUGAACGUGCCGCGGACAUUUCUGGUGUCGGGAAAACAGCGCUCUCUCGAACUACAGGCCAGGACUGAAGAAGAAAAGAAAGACUGGAUUCAGGCAAUCCAGGCCACUAUCCAAAGGCAUGAGCAGAGUGUGGAGACGUUCAGGAUGCUGAACUGUUCGGUGCGUGAAGACGACUGCACGCCCCCCAACUCUCCGAACUGCACAGAGCUGGGAAAGCGUGCGCCCACUCCGAUCCGGGAAAAAGAAGUCACGCUGUGUAUGAAGUGCCAGGAGCCGUUCAACUCCAUCACCAAGCGACGCCACCACUGCAAAGCAUGCGGACACGUGGUGUGCGGAAAAUGCUCGGAAUUCCGCGCCCGGUUGUUGUACGAUAACAAUCGAGCGAACCGUGUGUGUAUAGACUGCUAUACGACUCUGGUGGGAGUCCCGCCCUCUCCGGCCAGCUUGACCAAUAUCACUCACAGAAGACGCUCCAUUCUAGAGAAACAGGCCUCUGUGGCGGCGGAGAACAGUGUCCUCUGCAGCUUCCUGCACCACAUGGAGAAGGGCAGUGGCCGCGGCUGGCAGAAGGCCUGGUUUGUCGUCCCCGAAAAUGAACCCCUGGUGCUUUACAUUUAUGGUGCUCCACAGGAUGUGAAGGCCCAGCGCAGCAUCCCUCUCAUUGGCUUCGAAGUCUCUCUCCCUGAGUCAUGUGACCGUCUGGAGCGGCGCUACGCCUUCAAAAUGAGCCAGAGUCACCUGACUGUUUACUUUAGCGCUGAUGGGGAGGAGCUCCAACGCCGCUGGAUGGAGGUGCUCUCCAGAGCCGGGAGAGGGGAGGAACUACAAGUGCACGGUCCAAUCUCGGAGGCUCUGGAAGAAGAAGCGGAGGAACCGAGCCCUCUAGGAGAAAGCACAUGAUUGGUUUAUUAAAUCUCUCUCUCUCUUUUUUUUUUCUCUUUUUUUUUUUGCACACACAAAACUGUACAAAUGUGACGAGAAGGACAGUUAUCUGCCGUAAAUACAUACACAGUUUGACGUGCACACACAAACACAAACACACAGACACAAACUUACACACACACACACACACACACACUUUCACAACUUUUACACAAACCUGUUCUAAUUGUCAAUCGUAAGUUGCAUGAAAUAUCUACAGGUACGUUUCUCUGUGUAUUGCUCAUCCUCCGUGAGCGUGAUCAGCCCUGCACAUGGUGCGUCAAACGCCGUGUCGGUAUAGUCACCCUGCUUAAUAUCGUCUCUCCGCCUCCGCAGCUGAAGAGUUCUCUGUUAGAUAGAUCUGCUCUUUUUUUUCCCCCCAGAAAAAAAAACAUUGCUGUGCUGUUUUAAAUGACUGAUUUCUUUACCGGGGUUUCAUUGCUUGCAAACUUGUCGUUUUGGGAGAAGACGGUGUGAUCAGGCCACUACGUAUCAAACGUGAACAGAGUCAGAAUAGCGAAGCCCGUGGCGUGAUGGACAGCAUUUCCUCUGUAAGGCUUACAGUUUUAUAACGAGCAAUCCAGUAAUGCAGAUAAACAGGAAUCGUAUCUAAAAAUGAAAGAACUGUCUCGAAGGUGUAUCGUUUUCUUUUAUGACUAUAGUAUGCAGGGUAUCCCAUUCAUUUUAUUUAUUUAUUUUUUUUAAACGGCAAAAACAAAAGCUUCUAUUUACAGAACUUGCGCACAGUUUUCUCAAUACACAUCUUGAGUAAUGUGCAACGUACAAAUAUACAUUAAUCCUAUGAUGCUGAACUUAUGGGACACGUUUUACAGUAAUAUACAAUAUAUAACAUAUAUACAGUAUAUAUUACACUUUAGAUGGGUCAAAGAGUUUACACUGUCACACUGUAUAACGACAAUAUUUUAUAUUAUACAUUUAUAAAUAAACCAUUUUUUAAAAUUGACUCAAAGAAUACAAUUCUAUAUACCGUAUGUCUAGAAACUGCAGAUAUUAAUAGUACUUUAAAUCUAUCACAAGAACGUCGAGGAGAUAAACAGAGAACAAAGUAUCGCUGCAAAAGUGAUGGAUUUUCAAAUCGAACAGGUUUUUUUUUUUUUUUUUGCUGGUAUAUAAUUCUUACAGUUUGAUUUUUUUUGUACGUUUUAUCCACGUAGUAGAACCAAAACCAAAUGGUUUAUUUGCCUGUCGACAUGGGCAGUGGUGAGCUGAAUUUGUGUUCAUUCCGAUUAAAAUCAGUCCCUCGGGGGUUUUGCGAUCGCAGAAAUGAACGCAAAAUCAAGGAAACGCCACAAUAUUCGGAAGAGAUUUUUCGAAAUCACCGCAGAUUUUCCGUAGAUUCGGCCCGAGACGCGUCAUGUGACGUCAUCACGACGCGCAUUCGAUCCCUCAAACCCUCGUCGAUUCACAUGCGUCAAACGUGAGUACCGCUAAAAGGUCUCGUUGACCAGCAAACAUCGCUGUGAAAGGCCGUGCAAAUCAAUCUCGUGCAAUUGCAAUUUUGCCAAUACAAGUAGUUUUCUACAACAACAAAAAAAACAACAACGGAAAACUGAAAAAAGCCGCAGCAAAACCAAGCACUGAUGGCCUCAACAAUCACAAAAAUACUCCGCAAAGUAUGUCACGUAGACCCAUAUACAUUACAGUAAUAUAUACUGCGUAUAUGAUUAUAUACACACUACGUUUAUAAUAGUACAUGAAUUAUAUCAGCUUCCUUUAUUUAGUGAUAAAAUUCAGGAAUUUGUACGUAUGUGUAUUCCUGACGUCUUCAAUAUUCCAUAUUCAGUAUGACUAGCGUUGAAUUCAUAUUGGAGUAACAAAUAUCAUUUUAAAGACCUGUCUAGGGUGUACAAAAAUGAAAUCUCUUGUGCCGGUCGGAGGACUUGUAUCUCUGCUGAAAUUUGUCAGGUUGACCUUUUCCGCUGACUUAGCAUCUGUUUCUCACAGACAAACCCCCAGCCAUAAACUUAACCAGGGGAAAAUAGACAACCUUUAGCAUCAGAUUAGCUCCAUUGUGCCACUCGGUGGACAUUUAAUGCACUGCGACCUUCCAAUGUUUGGCUUAAUACAAUAUCAACAAAAGGAGAACCUGCUAAAAUGUAGCAUUGACAAAACUGUUAUAUGACUCAAUCAAACAAUAGGGCUCUAAAUCACAGCGCGAAUACAAUUUCUCCUUUGAGAUGAAAAAUGGACUAUUAGUAAGAUUUUUGUAGAGUAUGCAGUAGUGUUUGAUUAGAUUUCAAUACUGGGAGACUUUGUAGAUUGAGAGAGAGAGAGAGAGAAUGUUGUCACGAAGCUGACUAAUUUUUAAUUUGUGAAAUUUCUCGCUUAUUAAUGUAAACAUGGGGUUUUUGAUAAGAACCUUGAGAGUAUAUAUAACUAAAACAUGGCGAAGGGUUCGAUGAUACUAUUGCGCAUUUUAAGCAGUGUUGUAUUUGUGUAUGAAAAGUGGUCAAAGAUACAAAAUUUCGUUUGUAAAUAUAUAAUUUAUUGCUCAGAACCCAGUUUUGUGGGUCAGGUGUUAUCUCCGAGCUUGAUGUUAAAUUCAUUACGUGCCGUUUGGAUCGACAUCAGAGCAUCCUGUGGAGAGCGUGUGACUCGUGUCUUGUUUUUUUUUGUUUCGUUUUUUUUUAAACACCUUUUAUUCUUGGCUCAAAAAGUCGAUACGUUGUGUUUCGAUCUCGUUUCAAACGUGCCAGCGUGAUAGGGUCGAGUUCCGGCUCGUGCCGGACUGCUAAAACUAUUUGUGCUGUUGGGAAAUGUUCUUGAUCUUGCUCUCCGUUUGUCAGAAAACACUUCGCUUCAUUCAGGAUAGUCAGCCACAUUUUAUAUUUCAGUGACUUUUCAGUGUCGCCUGAGUGUCUUUCACUGAAGUUCUUAACAAUGAUGUCAAAAAAAGAAAAGAAAAAAAAAUAAGAAAUAGAGUAAUUACAUGAGCAGUGGACUGUUUACCAUAUUUUCCAGACCGUUAAAAGGUUUACCGUAUUUCCUGGACUAAAAGUCAUGCUUCGACCUGUAUAUCGUCACUGUGCGUUAAACUUUACAAACGCAAAUCUCGAAACCAGCCGAUUCUGAUGAAAAGAUGAAUCGCUCUCAGACUACACACUAGACUCACUCUAGUGAGUAUGGAAAAGCGACACACGCGAGGAUGUAUUGCUUUUCAUUUGUGACCUGAGGACAAAUAUUGUGAGCUGUGUGUAUUUUAGCACACCGAUUAAAUCGAGGGUUCAGCGCAGUCAGUGAGAAUCUAUAAAGUGCGUUCCUUUAUAUAUGCGAAGCUCCCUGGAAAAUGAUGCUUUUACAAUCCCUCUCUCUAAUUACAGCCACGUCCCCGUGUACAGUUUAGGGCUGUGAUCGGACAGUGAUUGCAUUUCAGUGUAUUGUGAGUACGACGUAGUAGGCAGGGAAGCGCAGUACUGGUAAUAAUAUUCACUGUAUUGCACUUAAUUCUUUAAAAAGACGACAUGAAGUGCAAAUACACAACAGUGCACUUUGUGGUGCACGUUCCUCAUGUUAUGAAUGAAAAGCAAUGCCACCUAUGUAUUACGGCAUAUAUAAAUAUGUAGAUAUAAUUUCAACACAUAGCCUAUGUUUCAUUUAGAGGUAUGUGUGUUAUACCCUGGUGUGACUUACUGUCCAGAAACUACGGUAAUCGUGUUAGAGAAGGAGAUCCGUGCGUUUUUCUCCUUGAAUGUCCGUAUGUGUGCGAGUUCAUACAUCAUAUUCAUCAUCAGCUGAGCCUGCCACUUGUUCACCUCCAGCAUCCGACUCCUACAAAAAUCUGCGUUUACCUGUUUGUAGGGUUUUUCAUCUUCAUUACACCGUCAUUCAUUCUGCCAUUCCUUCUUACAUAUAUUUCCUUUUUUUUACAUUUGACUUUUUGUUGUAGAAAAAAAAUAAGCUUUUUUGCCAAAGUAUACUGCAGGAGAGAUUUAUUACUGUGUGUUGUGUUUAUCUACGUGUUAUUGUUUUUUUUUAGUUUUUUUUUUUUUUUUACUACACAUAUUUAUUGUUUUUGGGUUGUUGUUUUUUUAAUACUUUCGUAUAGUUCUUGCUCUGAGAACUGAACAGCAAGAACGACUGUGUGCAGAUCAGAGCAGAUUCGUCAUGACUACGAAACAGCAAAAUUCUCAAAAUCAACAGGUUUAACAGGAGUUUGCUCCUGUUCAACACUAAACUCAUUUGAGGUGUCAGGAUGCAAGAUUCGAUUUUAUAGCCUGCUUCAGUGGAACACUGAAGUGUAGCAUUUUUUUUUUUUCUUCGUUUUUUUCACACAAGCAUCUCAACACGGCCGUACCAACUGCACAUUUAACAACAUGCUGUCAGAAGAUCUGAUAUUUCUCUGCUUUGGAGAUGAUUUUACGAACGAGCACUUGGACAGGACCAAUCAAGGUUUCUUCCACUUUAAGGCAGGCAAAGUGUCUAGAGAAAGCGGUGCAUGAAGUUGAUCGCUAACAUACCCAUAUCCUUUUUGAUCUUGAUUUUAUCCUGCAGACGUGAAGAAAGAAGAGUUAAAUUGAAGCAGACAUUAUGGAUGUUCUCCGGGUUCUGUUUUUAAUCUCUCCGAACGAUUCCCGGUGAUUAAGACAACAUCCCUCACUACUACAUUUAUCUCUAGACCACAUGGCCGUCUGAUUUAGUUUUGUGACGGAUUAAUCGCUGGCAUCUUGCCUCUCUCAAAAUAGAAAGGUUUAGUUUGGCUUAACGUUGUGGGGGGGAGUGUACUGAGGUUCAGUUUCAUCAACGAGGUCGCCUCCGCUUUCUGACGUCAUCGCCAUCAUCAGAGACGACCCGACCCAAUGUUUUUAGAGAUAAAACCGUAUGCCUGUGUUGACUUGUUUAGAAAAAAAGAAGAAGCUCCAAAUGUCUUGACAGCACUAACUUUUGCGUUAUGCGAAAAGUGUCGUUUAUGUUUGUCAAAAUCACUACGUUGCAUCAUUAUUUUUUUUUUCUUACCGCCAUCAUGGAAUCUGUAUAAAUUUGCUGUACACAUGAUGAGUAUUACUGUUAUUACAAGUACUAUUCUAAUUAUUAUCGUUAAUUAUAUUAGUGGCAGGCCACUGGGUACCAUUGUAUGUUGAUAACCCAAUGAAAAUCUGUGCAAGAUCAUGAAAAUGUUUAUGAAUUAAAGGAAUAAUAAAAAAAAAAAAAAAAA